GCAGCAACCUAAGCAACUCAGAGAAGAGAUGAAGGAAUCAAGAACAGAAAUGGAACCUUCACAGAAGAAGCAGAAGCAGCAGCCGCCUAAGCGUCACAGAGAAGAGCAGAAGGAAUCAGGAACAGAAAUGGAACCUUCACCACAGAUGAAGCUGAAGCAGCAACCUAAACGUCAUGGAGAAGAGCAGAAGAAAUCAGAAAUAGAAAUGGAACCUUCUCAGAAGAAACAGAAGCAGCAACCUAAACUUCAUGGAGAAGAGCAGAAGAAAUCAGGAGCAGAAAUGGAACCUUCACAGAAGAAGCAGAAGCAGCAACAACCUAAACGUCAUGAAGAAGAGCAGAAGGAAUCAAGAACAGAAAUGGAACCUUCACAGAAGAAGCAGAAGCAGCAACCUAAACGUCAUGGAGAAGAGCAGAAGGAAUCACGAAUAGAAAUGGAACCUUCUCUGAAGAAGCGGCGAGAUAAGCAUCGGAAGGAGAAACCAAAAGAAAUGGGAACAGAAACGGAGGUUUCACAGCAGCAAGCGCCGAUGGGGCAAAGCAAGCGAGGUAGGCCUCCCAAAGGACUGGGGCUCCAGCAGAAGCAGCAAGUGCAGAAGGUGCAGGCAAAGAGAGGUAGGCCUCCCAAAGGGCUAGGGCUCCAGCAGAAGCAGCAGGGGCCCAAGGGGCAGGAUGAGAGUAUCGAAAAAGAACCAAACCAAUUGGGCAAAAAAACCAAGCCAUUGUACAUGAGUGUGGCUUCAGGGGUUGGUGAUGUCCAAUCAGGGAAAUCUCAAAUGGCUGAAAUAGAUCAGGAGCCAUUGGAGCCACAGAACAUAGCAAGGGGUCGAGGCAGGCCACCCAAGAAGAAGGUGCCUGUGGAGUCAACUGUCAAGGUUCAGAGUUUAGGUAGAGGAAGGCCUCAUAAGAAACAGAAGACAAGAAGUUAGGUGUUCUGUGGUGUGUGACAAUGGCACUAUGUGGCUCUGCCUGUUUGGGAUCAUACUGUACAUGCUUGUUUAAGUUACUGGUGUAUCCUUUUUGUGUUU